AUGCCCACAAGACAGCACAAUCACACAGGGAGAGUGGACAACUUUGACCUGUCCUCACCAGCAGCCUUUGAGCUGGAGACGCUGUUUGUUGUGGCUGAAACUGCUGAUUCUACAAUGGUUGGGUAUGUGCAACUCUUGGAGACAAUUGGCACCGGCCUAGCAGAGCCCUUGUACAAUCUUUGGCAUCAAGGGAUGCUCAAAGGUGGGGCACAGUUCAUGACAGAGGAGUCGUGGCAAGGAAUUUCUAACGCAAACACGCCCCACAAAGUCCAUUUUGACUUGCCUCAAGUGUCUGCGAGCGUGUCUAUGCUGGCCAACGCAGUCUCAAGAACCAAUGCCUGUGCGGAAAACCAAGUGGCACCCGCAUCUGGCCAAGCCGCUUUCAACGCUUACGCCUCUGCAGACUGUUCGAGAAAGGUGUUUGGCGUCAGCGCUCGCCUGCCUGCGCACAAGGUUCGCACAAUGCCUCAACAGUUCCAGCAAGCCAUCCCAAAAGCUUUGGACUACCCACUGCAUGUCAAGUACAACAAAUCUGCAGGACUAGUCCGAUUCAUGUCGUGCUGGAAUGAUCAGCAAGAGAAAGAGGACGGCCAUCAGCCCUUUUUUCCUCGUUGGGAGCCAUUCACGCAGCAACACGUACGGGAUACAUUUGUCACAGUGUUUGACAUUACCAUUUUGGAAAUUGUUGCAUGCAUCACGCACAACUGCUCGCCGUUUACAGAUCAGCAGAUGCAUACACUCUAUGCUCUCCUGUCCAUGGAUGCUGAUCGUCAUCCUGAAUCCUCCUUGGCCCACAUUUGGGAAGAUGCACAUCUAAUCAUGCACAACCAUGGAGUCACUGAUGCGUGGUACAAGGAUGGAGUUAAAGCCAAGUGA